GCAGCAGCAGCAGCGGUAGAACGAGGAGGUGGAGAACUGGGAGCACGAUGCAUACACAGGUGUUUCUGAUUAGUAAUUAGCCGCUGUGAAGGAUAAAGCACACCUUUGGGUUUUUACCUGUGAACACUAUAGGGCUGAGAAAGACAGUCUGAAAGCAAAGAAAGCAAAGAGGAAGACCUCGAUCAGUAACACCAAGAGACACCAAAGUUGAAAGUUUUGUUUUCUUUCCCUCUGUUUUAUUUUUCCCCCGUGUGCCCCUACUAUGGUCAGAAAGCCUGUUGUGUCCACCAUCUCCAAAGGAGGUUACCUGCAGGGAAAUGUUAACAGGAGGCUGCCUUCCCUGGGCAACAAGGAGCCACCUGGGCAGGAGAAAGUGCAGCUGAAGAGGAAAGUCACUUUACUGAGGGGAAUCUCCAUUAUCAUUGGCACCAUCAUUGGAGCAGGAAUCUUCAUCUCUCCUAAGGGCGUGCUCCAGAACACAGGCAGCGUGGGCAUGUCUCUGACCAUCUGGACGGUGUGUGGGGUCCUGUCACUAUUUGGAGCCUUGUCUUAUGCUGAAUUGGGAACAAGUAUAAAGAAAUCCGGAGGUCAUUACACGUAUAUUUUGGAAGUCUUUGGUCCAUUACCAGCUUUUGUACGAGUCUGGGUGGAACUCCUCAUAAUACGCCCUGCAGCUACAGCUGUGAUAUCCCUGGCAUUUGGACGCUACAUUCUGGAACCAUUUUUUAUUCAAUGUGAAAUCCCUGAACUUGCGAUCAAGCUCAUUACAGCUGUGGGCUUAACUGUAGUGAUGGUCCUAAAUAGCAUGAGUGUCAGCUGGAGCGCCCGGAUCCAGAUUUUCUUAACCUUUUGCAAGCUCACAGCAAUUCUCAUAAUUAUAGUCCCUGGAGUUAUGCAACUAAUUAAAGGUCAAACACAGAACUUUAAAGACGCCUUUUCAGGAAGAGAUUCAAGUAUUACGCGGUUGCCACUGGCUUUUUAUUAUGGGAUGUACGCAUAUGCUGGCUGGUUUUACCUCAACUUUGUUACUGAAGAAGUGGAAAACCCUGAAAAAACCAUUCCCCUUGCAAUAUGUAUAUCUAUGGCCAUUGUCACCAUUGGCUAUGUGCUGACAAAUGUGGCCUACUUUACGACCAUUAAUGCUGAGGAGCUGUUGCUUUCAAAUGCAGUAGCAGUGACCUUUUCUGAGCGGCUACUGGGAAAUUUCUCAUUAGCAGUUCCGAUCUUUGUUGCCCUCUCCUGCUUUGGCUCCAUGAAUGGUGGUGUGUUUGCUGUCUCCAGGUUAUUCUAUGUUGCGUCUCGAGAGGGUCACCUUCCAGAAAUCCUCUCCAUGAUUCAUGUCCGCAAGCACACUCCUCUGCCAGCUGUUAUUGUUUUGCACCCUUUGACAAUGAUAAUGCUCUUCUCUGGAGACCUCGACAGUCUUUUGAAUUUCCUCAGUUUUGCCAGGUGGCUUUUUAUUGGGCUGGCAGUUGCUGGGCUGAUUUAUCUUCGAUACAAAUGCCCAGAUAUGCAUCGUCCUUUCAAGGUUCCACUGUUCAUCCCAGCUUUGUUUUCCUUCACAUGCCUCUUCAUGGUUGCCCUUUCCCUCUAUUCAGACCCAUUUAGUACAGGGAUUGGCUUUAUCAUCACUCUGACUGGAGUGCCUGCAUAUUAUCUCUUUAUUAUAUGGGACAAGAAACCCAAGUGGUUUAGAAUAAUGUCAGAGAGAAUAACCAGAACAUUACAAAUAAUACUGGAAGUUGUACCAGAAGAAGAUAAGUUAUGAACUAAUGGACUUGAGAUCUUGGCAAUCUGCCCAAGGGGAGACACAUAAUAGGGAUUUUUACUUCAUUUUCUGAAAAUCCAGAGAAUUACAACUUCGGUGAUAAACAAAAGGAGUCAGUUAUUUCUAUUCAUAUAUUUUAGCAUAUUCAAACUAAUUCCUAAGAAAUUUAGUUAUAACUCUAUGUAGUUAUAGAAAGAGAAUAUGCAGUUGUUCUAUGAGUCACAAUUCUUGAGUCUCUGAUAACUACCUAUUGGGGUUAGGAGAAAAGACUAGACAAUUACUAUGUGGUCAUUCUUUACAACAUAUAUUAGCAUGGCAAAGAACCUUCAAAUUGAAGACCGAGAUUUUUCUGUAUAUAUGGGUUCUGUAAACAUGGUUUUACACACUACAGAUGACUAUACUGUGAAAAGUGUUUUCAAUUCUGAAAAAAAGCAUACAUCAUGAUUAUGACCAAGAGGAGAGAAAGAAAUUUAUUUUACAUUGACAUUGCAUUGCUUCCCCUUAGAUACCAAUUUAGAUAACACUCAUGCUUUAAUGGAUUAUACCCAGAGCAUUUUGAACAAAGGUCAGAGGGGAUUAUUGAAUACAUUAAAGAAGAGUUUCUAGGGGCUACUGUUUAUGAGACACAUCCAGGAAUUAUGUUUGAGUAAAAAAUCCUUGAGAAUUUAUUAUGUCAGAUGUUUUGUCAUUCAUUAUCAGGAAGUUUUAGUUAUCUGUCAUUUUUUUCACAUCAGUUUGAUCAGGAAAGUGUAUAACACAUCUUAGAGCAAGAGUAAGUUUGGUAUUAAAUCCUCUUAAGAACAACCACCUAUUUCACUAAUAACUUACCCCUGAUGAGUAUAUCUAAACAUAUGCAUUUUUAAACCUUCAAAUUACAUUGUCAACAUGAGAGAAAUCACCAACAAAGAAAAUGUUCAAAAUAAUAGUCCCACAUCUGUAAUGAUAUCUACAUGCAAUGUUAGUAAUUCUGAACAGUUUUUUAAAUUUAUGGCUAUUUUUACAUCAUGAUGAAUUUUGACAGUUUGUGCAUUUUCUUUAUACAUUUUAUAUUCUGUUAAAAUAUCUCUUCAGGUGAAACUGUCCAGAUUAAUUAGGAAAAGACAUAUAUUAACAUAAAAAUUGAGAAAGAUAUGUCACCGCUAAAUAAGAUUUACAACUGAUGUUUCUAGAAAAUUUCCACUUCUAUAUCUAGUCUUUGUCAGUAAUUUCCACACCUUAAUUAUCAUUCAACUUGCAGAAGAGAUAACUGAUAAGAAGAAAAUUGAAAGAAUCGGAAUCUGUGGAUGAGUGUUUGUGUUCAGAAGAUGUUGUUAUGCCAGUAUUAGAAAAUAUUGUGGGCCAGGCAUGGUGGCUUACACCUGUAAUGCCAGCACUU